AUGGCGGCAGCAACAUCAUCCAAGAUGCAGCUCUUCUCGGCGGACGACGUUGCCAGGCACAAGACCGCCUCUGAUUGCUGGGUCAUCCACCGCGGCAAGGUCUACGAUGUCACCGACUUUGUCGAGGAUCACCCGGGUGGAGACGACCUUAUCCUCCGCUACGCCGGCAAGGAUAUGGGUGAGAUCAUGGACGAUCCCAUCGAGCACUCUCACUCCGACUCAGCGUACGAACUGCUCGACGAACACAUCAUCGGCCGCUUGCCUACCACCGACGCGGAGAAGGAAGCGCUCAAGGAACGCGCUGCCAAGGGGGGCUACUCGGGCAAAGACGACUCGAUCGUCAUCACCGACGACUUCCACCCCGACGAGACCGACCAAUCUUCCGAUUACAAGCAGAACAAGUUCCUCGACCUCAACAAGCCACUCAUGCCCCAGAUGCUUAGCGCCAACUUCUCCAAAGAAUUCUACCUCGAGCAGGUGCAUUCGCCACGCCACCUCAAGCACCCCGCCCGCUUCUUCAACCAGGACUACCUCGAGAUGUUUACUCGAACGCCGUGGUACGUGGUGCCCAUGGUGUGGUUGCCCAUUGCCAGCAUCAUCUUCUUCCGCUCUGCGACGCAGUUUGCGUCCAACCUGGCAAAGACCCCGCUCAACGCGUCCAACUGGUACGAGGCGGCGUCGAAGCCCACCCAGUUCGAUACGGGUGUGUGGUCGGUGGCGCUGACGCAGACGGCCAUCUGCUGGGCGAUUGGCGUGGUCAUCUGGACGCUCCUUGAAUACUCGAUCCACCGCUUCCUCUUCCACAUCGACAACAUCCUCCCCGACAAACCCAUGUUCUUGACCCUCCACUUCCUCCUCCACGGCGUACACCACUACCUCCCCAUGGAUCGACUCCGUCUCGUCAUGCCCCCGCUGCUCUUCUUCCUCCUCAGCUACCCAUUCACCCAGCUCGCACACACCAUCUUCCCACACGCCGUCGCAAACGGCAUCAUCUCCGGCGCCUUCAGCAUGUACGUCGUCUACGACUGCAUGCACUAUGCGCUGCAUCACACCAAGCUGCCCCAGUACAUGAAGGAGAUGAAGCAGUACCAUCUCGAACACCAUUACAAGAACUUUGAGCUCGGAUUCGGGGUGACGAGCAAGGUGUGGGAUUACGUGUUUGGUACCCAGCUUUGA